CGGUUGUGUGGUGGGGUUAGGUUGCUCACUUCUUUCCUCGUACCGUUAUAAUGUUCCGGAGAACAGGUGCGCGCCGAGCCGCGGGCUCACUUUAACAACAUAAACGCACAAACGACUCAAACAUUGGUGGAGACUCUUUAUUUCAGCUCUGUAACUGCACCACUGCUGAGGACACAUUUUAGCACUGAGUGCUAGUCGUUCUUGUGGCGGGAAGAUGACUUAGGUGGCGUUCGGAUAAGCUCCGUGUUUUCAGCAUUAAUUUGUUCAGUUUAAUCACAAACCGCACGUAAUAAUGUGUGUCGUUAAACGCAUUGUCUGAAAGCAAGGGAGGAACGGGACAUUUUGGGAUGCUCCCUAUCUGCCAAGCUUACUCCUUCCUGUUUUUUCACCCCAUUUCUGGAGUGCAAACACCUCAUCGGCAGACAUUGUGCCCCUGAGCUCUCACCAUUUCCUUCCUGUUUGGUUGGCUGGUUGACAACACAGAGAACUGAUGCGACGGUUUGUCUACUGCAAGGUGGUUUUGACCACCUCUUUAGUGUGGGUGUUGGUGGAUGCAUUCUUGUUGCUCUAUUUCAGUGAGUGCAACAAAUGUGAGGAAAGGAAGGACCGUUCGCUGCUCCCUGCCGUCCGAGCAGUGAUAUCUCGGAGCCAUGAGGGUCCAGGUGAGAUGGGCAAAGCUGUGAACAUCCCAAAGGAGGACCAGAUGAAAAUGAAGGAGCUCUUUAAGAUUAACCAGUUCAAUUUGAUGGCCAGUGACAUGAUUGCACUCAACAGGAGUCUGCCAGAUGUGAGGUUGGAUGGCUGCAAGACUAAGGUGUACCCAGAUGACCUGCCAAACACCAGUGUAGUCAUUGUAUUCCACAAUGAAGCAUGGAGCACUCUCCUCCGGACUGUUCAUAGCGUCAUUAAUCGCUCGCCCAGACAUUUGCUAGUGGAGAUUGUGCUAGUCGACGAUGCCAGCGAGAGAGACUUCUUGAUGAAGAAGCUGGAGAACUAUGUGCGGACUCUGGAGGUGCCGGUGAGAAUCCUGAGGAUGGAACAGCGCUCAGGACUAAUCAGGGCACGAUUGCGGGGGGCAGCUGUCACCAAAGGUCAAGUCAUCACCUUUCUAGAUGCUCACUGCGAGUGCACUAUCGGUUGGUUGGAGCCGCUACUGGCCCGCAUCAAAGAGGACAGGAAAGCAGCGGUGUGCCCAAUCAUUGAUGUCAUCAGUGAUGAGACGUUUGAGUACAUGGCAGGCUCAGAUAUGACCUACGGUGGAUUCAACUGGAAGUUGAAUUUUCGCUGGUACCCUGUUCCUCAACGGGAGAUGGAUCGACGCAAAGGUGACAGAACGCUUCCCGUCAGGACCCCCACUAUGGCAGGAGGAUUAUUCUCUAUUGCUAAAGCCUACUUUGAAGAAAUUGGUAGCUAUGAUCCAGGAAUGGAUAUUUGGGGUGGAGAGAACUUAGAAAUGUCUUUCAGAAUCUGGCAGUGUGGUGGUUCUUUAGAAAUCGUUACUUGUUCCCACGUAGGUCACAUUUUUCGUAAGGCCACCCCAUACAGCUUCCCUGGAGGAACGGGUCAAGUCAUUAACAAGAACAACAGGCGCCUGGCUGAAGUUUGGAUGGACGACUUCAAAUAUUUCUUCUAUAUUAUAUCACCAGGUGUGAUGCGGGUGGAUUAUGGAGAUGUUUCUUCUCGUAAAGCCCUUCGUGACACAUUGAAGUGCAAGCCGUUUUCCUGGUACCUAGAGAACAUCUACCCAGACUCACAGAUCCCAAGGAGAUACUAUUCACUUGGUGAAAUCAGAAAUGUUGAGACCAACCAGUGUGUGGACAACAUGGGAAGAAAGGAGAAUGAGAAAAUCGGCUUCUUUAACUGCCAUGGUAUGGGUGGUAAUCAGGUCUUCUCAUACACAGCGGACAAAGAAAUAAGGACAGAUGACCUCUGUCUGGAUGUGUCACGCCUCAACGGACCUGUCGUCAUGCUCAAGUGCCACCACAUGAAGGGAAAUCAGAUGUUUGAGUAUGAUGCUGAGCGUCUCACCCUGCUGCACGUGAACAGCAACCAGUGUUUGGACAUGCCUUCUGAGGAGGACAGGAUGGUCCCCAUGUUGAGAGACUGCAACGGCAGCCGCUCCCAGCAGUGGCUGCUACGCAACAUGACCCUGAGCAUCUGAGGCGGUACCCAGCCCAUCGUCCACCCCCGUCGCUCUGUCCUCAUCUCAACCAGUCCCGGCUCUCCAGGUGGCUCUUAUCAUGUGUCUUUUUUUCUAACAGCCUGGCCCACGUGUCUGUGGGAUUGUCGGCAGCUGCUCCUCCUUUGUGGAGGUGCCAGAGACGACAUCUCAUGCGUGAUAGAAGCUGCACCUGCCAUUUGGUAAAAGCGACAAACCAUAGCAGCAAUGACCUCCUCAUUGUGUUUGGACAGUGGGAGUGAUUUAUAAGGAUUUAUGUCUUCUGUCGAUGGAAAACAUUGACGUCAGCAGCACUCUCACUGUGCCGGCCAGCUGCUAGUCACUGUGCUAAUUAAAAUGGCUACUUGGCUGCUAGACAAACCAGCAAAAAAAAAGAAGAGCAUCUGUGAUGAGGAUAUUUGAAUGCACAUUUCUGUGAGAGCGUGCACAGUAAAUGUACUUCCUUGCGCAGCGCAUCAGUGCCAGAUACAGUUUUCAAGUGAGACUCUACUUUUUAUUUCACACCACUGCAUAUCCUCAUCCCAUAUCUGUGUCGGAGUUACAUUCCAGUCAUGGAAAUAUGAUUAUCAUGGAUGAUUUAUCAAGAUGUCAGGAGAAAAAACAAGCUGAAAUUAAAUACAAGAAUGCAGCAAAAAUGCUUUA